GAUGAUCUUUAGUCUAUCCGACGUAGCUUUCUUUGCUUGUGCAGGAUACCGCGAUGGCAGUCAACAAUUACUUAGAUCAUUGAGGGUUUUUAUAUCCGGAAGUUGAAGAGCAGGCGAGAGAAGGCAGAGGCAGAUCAAGCCAUGCUGUGAGCCGAGAUCGCUGCUGGACGCGGUAGAGCAUACCACCACCACCUCAUUAAUACCACAAGCUGUGUUAUAUCCUUAUCGAACCUGCUGAUAUCUCAGAUAGGAAGAUAUAGCAUAGAACAAUCACUGAAGCGUCCUAGUUCUGCAGAGACAAACUAACGACCUGCAUCGUCUUAGCCGAUCACAGCUGAAGUGGCUCAGAAGAAGCUGAACAGCGUCUGCGACUACUACUUAACCCCGUCCUCCUCCUCCGACUCCCUCCUUCUUUCCCAUACAGCUACUCAGCGUUGUUUUUCAGUCAACAGAUAGCAGAAUGAAGAAAUUCAUAGGUCGCGCAAAGCGAGAUUCCACAGUCUCUCCCCCGUCGCAGAUAUCAGCCCCGGAGCCCGACACCGCGAGUUCGUACACCACCGCCGCGUCGGCUCCCGUGCCGCGCUCUGUCAAUGCUCACAACCCGUACGCCCAGGCUGAUGAGUACAGCUCCUCGGCAAGCGACGGGGAUUAUAAUCCCUACGCUUCGAGCUACUCGAGUAGGAGUGUGAACGAGAGCAGUUAUGUGAAUCCAUACGAGUCCGCGCAGCCGCGCACUAAUCCGUAUGAUGUUUCCCGCUCGUCGGCGGCAUAUCAAACAAGUCAAUUACCGCCGCGGUCGUCGGGAUCUUCUCAGACGUCUUACUCUGCGUCGAGCAGCUACGGCGGCAAUGCUUAUGGCGCCUCCGAGUCAGCGACGACAGCGCGGUCAGGGUAUACCGCGAAGCAACCGGAAGAUGAUACUGUAUCGAUCGCGGAUUCGACCAGGCGGGAACUGUUUAGAGGAGUAGAUAAUGGUCGGCAGAAACCCAGGACACUGGCAAACUACCCGAGCAAGAGCCCUACACAGACACAGAUCCAGACGCAGACGCAGAUGUAUAUCGAACCAGAAUCAAGCACCUACGACCCCUCAAUCAUGGAAACAGAAGCAGAGCGCGCAGCCCGCUACGGCGAGACACCGUCCGCCACCACCUCCGGCGCAAAUUCCAGCUCUACCGUGGACUUUGACGACCUGCGCGAGCAAGACGAGCAGCGCGAGGUUGAAAGUCUGCGGAAACAGAUCCGCGAGGUUAAAAUUGACUCGCUAAGCACAGCCCAGCGCGCGCUCUUGACCGCCGAAGAAGCAGAAGCCUCUGCGAUCCGCACGAUGGAACGGCUAGACGACCAACGUUCUCGCCUGGGAAGUAUCGAUAACUCGCUUUCCGUAUCUGGAAGUCAGAUCCAGAUCGGCGAUAGCCACGUCAACGAGCUUCGUACGAUCAACCGGUCAAUGUUCGCCGUGCAUGUUUCCAAGCCGUGGAGCUCACAGCGCAGGUUACAAGAGCGCGACCAAAAGAUCCGCGACUCAUUCGCCUCGCAGCAGCAGGCGCGCGAUCUGAACAACUCGCAGCAAGCCCAGUCGCGAGCGAGACUCAACGACGCAAAGAGCGCGCAAUUCCGACGCGCUCCGCAAAGACAGCAAGGUCAGCAGCGAACAACGACGGCCUCACGGUACCAGUUCGAACCCGACGACGAGGACUUUGAGCUCGAGAACGAUAUUGAGUCUACGCUGGAUAGCGUUGGUGCUGCUAGUUCGAGAUUGAAUGCGAUUGCGUCGACGAUUGGAAGUGAGCUUGAUUCGCAGAUUUCGUAUAUCGAAAGGCUGGGGGAUAAGUCGACUAAGGUUGAGAGUGAUAUUAAUUUGACUACUGUGAAGCUUUCAAGGAUACAUUGAUUGCUGUUAGUCACCGCUUCUAUCUUAUAUCAUAUCUACUAAUAAAUAAAAGAAAUGGAAGAAUAGUCUUGACCAGGCGGUCGUUUUACAGUAUUAAUUAAAAC